AUGGCGCGGCCGCGUCACCCGCUGGAGUCGCUCGUCGCGUCCCACUUUCCCCCAAUAGCUCAGGGCUUCGCCUACGGCAGCGGUGUAUUCCUACAGCCAAACCUGUACGCUCCCGAGGAGCAGGUGGUCGCUGCCACUGCCGAUGGCCGUGGGAUCGUCGGCGGCAGAGUCGGCGCCGGCGCGCCCGUUGCCCCCUCGUCCGAGGCCGCUGCGGCCACCCUCAAAAGUGGCAGCAGCAGUAGCAGCAGCACCCGUAGCAGCAGCAGCGGCAGCGCUAUCAACGGCGGCCCCAUGAUUGAUUUCAUAUUCAUCGUCGACGACCCUGAAGCCUGGCACGCGCAGAACAUCGAGCGCAACCCCAGCCAUUACUCAUUCGUCAAGUGGUUUGGCCCGGCGGCCGUCGCGCGCGCCGCAGACGCCAUCGGCGCGGGCGUGUGGUUCAACACCCUCGUGCCGCUGGAGGGGCGCCUCGUGAAGUACGGCGCCAUCGGGCGGGCGGCGUACCUCGAAGAUAUGCUGACGUGGCGCCACCUAUACGUGCCGGGGCGGCUGCACAAGCCGGUCCUGCCGCUCGGCCAGCUCGGAGCUCCGCCCCCGGCGGGAGAGCCGGCGGUGGGCGGCUCGGAGCAUACACAGCAGCAGCAGCAGCAGCAGCAGCAGCAGCAGCAGCAACAGCAGCAACAGCAGCAGCAGCAGAAGCAGCAGCAGCAGCCCCGGCCCCCCGACGCCGCCCGCCGCCAGCUCGCCACUGCCGCCGACGCCAACCUCCUCGCCGCGCUGCGCGUCGCGCUGCUGCUCUCCCCCGCAUCCUGCGACUUUCGGGACGUCGUGCGGCGCGUGGCGGGGCUGUCAUAUGAAGGGGACAUCAGGAUGGGACUGGCAGAGGACAGCCAAAAGGUUGAGCGCAUCGUGGCCGGCAGCUGGUCAGGGUUUUGCGAUCUCUACCUGCCGCUGCUGCGCGACCCGCGGAUCGGCGCUGCGGGUGGCGGCGGUGGCGGGAAGGAGGGGGGUGGCCCGGUGCUGGAGGUCGAGGGGGCGGACGACCUUGCGGCAGCAGUGGCGGCGGCAGCGGCGGCCGGGGCGGGCGGGGGCGCGGCAACCUGGCCGGCGUCCGAGCUCGCUGCGGCGGCGGCCGGCUGGCGGCGCGACGUGGCGUGGGCAGCGGUGCAGUCGGGGCGCCACGACGCGCUGCUGCACGCGGGGCUGCGCGGCAUCGUGCGCUCGAGCAGCGCGCGGCAGGCGGCGUUGGGGGCGCUGUCGGCCGGGGUGGUGAAGUCGGCGGAGUACCUGGGUGCCAAGCUCGCAAAGGCCUGGCGGCCGCGGCGCUGA